AUGUUACUAACAGGGCAGAUGAGUCAGUGGCAGAACCCGGCGUGGUACCAACAAAACCCUCCAACGCAAGGAAACCCACCCAUAGCCAUCAAACCAGAUCAACAAUACACAUAUCAAAUUCCUGCGCAGGCAGUCACCUAUGGACGGCCCUAUGUUCCUAGUGAUUACGACUCGUCGACCAUGGGGAAAGUGACAAGAGCGUCACCGCUAAUAGCCAGCGGCACAGAGGCGAUGCAGGCGGGGCAAUCUGUGAAUGCAACUACGGGCGCUGCAGGUACGCCUGCAGGCAUUGUUGCACCGCCUGGGACGCUUGGAGGUACGGGUGUCUCUGCAUUGAGCUCUGGUGCCACCAACGGAGGCGUGGGAAUCCCGCUGUCGAUUCUGCACACAACAGCCGGUAUUGCAGGUCUUGCUCCAGUUCCCGGUCUGCAAGUGGCAACCGCCCCCAUGUUGCCCCAACAUCAACCUAACAACGGCGUGGGCGGCUUGAUGACGCCGCAGUACAUGCAGGUGCCCUAUCCGCCUGGAUUUCAUCCGCAUCAUCCACAGUUGUCGUCUGAAUAUCCAAACUAUCAGGGCCAGAACUUCCAGCUCCAUCCAGAUCAAUGGGACCAACUAGCUGUUGGAUUACGUAAGCCCGGUGAAGGCCCAGCUCAGCAGCAGUCGCUUAAUCAACAGCAGCAACAACAUAUUGCGCAACCGCAGCCUCAGGACCAUCAAAUCCAACAACAACAACAAGUAGUGGCGGAACUGCAGCCUUCAAUGAAGCGUAAACCAUCAAAGUCCUCAAGUGUGGGCACUCCUGUGCCUAAGGACGCUUCUCCUCAUGCACCUGCAUUGAGCUCCACUAACUCUUCGAGUAAGGUCACUAAGCGCUCACGCAUGGGCUGUCUAACCUGCAGGCAACGCAAGAAACGGUGUUGCGAGUCAAAGCCGAAGUGCACAGAGUGUCUGCGUCUCGGCUUAAACUGCGUAUGGCCCAAGCCGGGAACUGAACACAAAAACAAACCGAAGGAGGUGAAAAGAGAGGAGAAUAUGAUCGACCAUGAUGUAUACGGCAAGAUCAAGGUUCUACGAGGCAUCGUCGAAUACCGUAGCAACUGA